AUGGCCAACACUACUCAACCGAAGCGCCAACUGCACCUCACGGCCUUCAUGCGGCCCGUAUCAUUGCACACAGGAGCCUGGCGCUUUCCCAACUCCUACCCUGACGCCAACUUCAACAUCAAACACAUAACAAACUUUGCCCAAAAGCUUGAAGCCGCCAAAUUCGAUGCCUUCUUCAUGGCGGACCACCUCGCCGUGCUGAACAUGCCCGUUGAAGCUCUGAAGCGCAGCCACACAGUGACCUCCUUCGAGCCGUUCACUCUACUCUCCGCGCUCUCGUCCGUGACAGAGAAGAUCGGGCUCGCUGCCACAGCGAGUACGACAUACGACCUGCCGUACCAUGUUGCGCGACGCUUCGCCAGCCUCGACCACCUGAGCAACGGGCGUGCAGCGUGGAAUAUAGUGACGACGGGAAAUCCAGAGUCGAGCCAUAACUUCGGGUUCGAUGAACACAUGGCCCAUGGCGAUCGAUACAAGCGCGCGCGGGAGUUUUACGAGGUCGUAACGGGGUUAUGGGACAGUUUCGCCGACGAUGCGUUUACUCGCAACGUCGAGACGGGGCAGUACUUCGAUCCGGCGAAGAUGCAUGUACUCAACCAUGUUGGUGAGGAGUUGAAGGUGCGAGGCCCGCUGAAUAUUGCGCGGCCGCCACAGGGCUGGCCGGUUAUCGUGCAGGCUGGGCAGAGCGAGCCCGGGCGGCAGCUUGCGGCUGAGACGGCGGAGGUGGUGUUCUGUAGUCCGAAGGAUAUCGAUGGUGCGAAGGCGCUUUAUGCGGAUAUCAAGAACCGGGCUGAGAAGGCUGGUCGCAGCCGGGAACACCUGAAGAUCUUGCCUGCGGCGAUGAUUAUCGUCGGGGAUAGCAAGGAGGAUGCGCAGGAGAAGCGGCUGAAGCUGGAUAGCCUGGUUCACUAUGACAGCGCCAUUGCGUCGUUGUCCAUCGCGCUCGGGGUGGAUGCUGCUGGCUUUGAUCCGGACGGACCACUGCCGACGGACCUGCCGGAGACGAAUGCAAGCAAGACGAGCAGGGAGGGUGUUGAGCGGCUGGCUAAGCAGGAGGGGCUGACUGUUCGCCAACUUGCGCAGCGGUAUGGCGGAUACUCUGGGCUGGCGUUCCUCGGCUCGCCUGGUGAUAUCGCGGAGGAGAUGGAGACGUGGUUAAGGGAAGAGGCCUCGGAUGGGUUUACGUGCACGUUUCCCUUCUUGCCUCAGGGUCUGGAAGAGGUGACCGAUAGACUGGUCCCGGAGCUGCAGCGAAGAGGUCUGUUUCGCAAGGAGUAUGCGGGCUCGACGCUGCGGGAGCACUUUGGUCUGCCGAGGCCGGAGAAUCGAUUCUUUAGCAAGACGGCCUAA